CCUGAACCGGUAACAAUCACCCUUGUUCUCAUUGGACCGCCGCUAUAGCCCGGUGAAGAAGACCAAACCCUACUCCUCCCUCCCGAUCUCGCAUCUACCGCCACCGGCUACGAAACCGCUACUCCGCCGGAAAGACAACGCCGGAGAAGGUCGCUCUCUCCUCUCACUCACCGGAGAAAAAAAGGCUAAAAUGGAGGAGAGUGGACGUACAACGAGCGAAGCGGAAGGUACAACCGCGGGCUUCCGAUGCGUGCAGUGUGGGUUUCCUAUUAAGACACUCUACAUUCAGUACUCUCCCGGAAAUAUUCGCCUCAUGAAAUGUGGAAAUUGCAAAGCAGUAGCAGAUGAGUACAUAGAGUGUGAACUGAUGAUUCUCAUGAUAGAUUUGAUUCUACACAAGCCAAAAGCAUAUCGGCAUUUGUUCUACAAUGUACUGGGUGAAGGGAGGGCCAAUUUUGAGAGCUUGCUGGGGAAAUCUAUUCUGGCAUACCUUGUUUUGGAGUUCUAUAGAAUGUGGGCUUUAAUCACGAAUGAAAUAGAAAGGCCGUUGAGUUUGAGUGCUGUAUCGUUUGUAAUGGAUUUUGGAAAGAUGCUAACCAUUGUCAUCAUUGGAAAUGCGGCUUUUCUCUGUAGCUUAUUGCUUGCUGCUAGGAAGUUUCUGAACGCCCCAACUGGAUUUCAUGGGUGGAAAUGGAUAUUGCUUGUAGUCCUUGUUUCAAGUUACUUCAAGAUCUUUCUUAUGGCCAUGAUGGUUUGGGAUUUUCCUUCCUCGGUCAUCUACAUCAUUGAUAUAUUUGUCAUGUCAUCCAAUAUUGUGGCUUUAAAAGUGGUCACCGACUCGGAUAUGGCGAGAUGCUUGGCAGUUUGUGUUAUAGCACAUGGCAUAAAGUUCCUAGCCGGUCAUUACAGUGCUGUUAUUCUCCAAACCAACGACAAAAUGUUGUGUCCGUGACUUGAGAGUAGAAGAACUUCGAUUUGGGAACAGUGUAGCAAGGAACUGAUGAUCGAUUUUUCAGGUAUAACUAGCCUUCUUCCUAGUUUGAUGAUAAACUGAAACUGUGAAUGCAUGAGAGUAUAUAAUGUCAUCUUUGUAGUGAUCCAAGAAUAUGUAUGAAUAUGCUUCUCUUCAUUCGUUCAAACCCCUCCACGUUGAUGAAUAUAUACAAGAAGGAUUGAUGGAUUGUUUCA